AUGGCAUACAACCCUGAUUUUAUUCAUUGCACAAUUUGUGGCUUGGUGCUACAAGACGACGUUGUUGCAUUUUCUGGCCCCCAUUGGCCAGAACUCUGUGAUGCACCCCCAUCCUUGAAGGUGACAGAUGAACAAGUCACACGUUAUGAUGCUUUUGCGAACAAUUAUCGUGGCAACCUGACCUUUCCCCAUGAUCGCGACGAGAUACAUCCUCAAUGGGACUACGAUGUCAAUGAAGACGCGGAAGAUCCUUCGGAGUGGGUGGGCAAGAUGUAUGUUGGCAUUCACAAAACUUGCGAACAACUUUUCAAUCGCGUAAUCAACACAUCGCCCAAUGCCAAAGUCCGCUCACUUGGAGAACUUUGGUUGACACUAGAACGCCGUUGCGCUAGAACCAAGAUGGAGGAUUCUCACAACAUUGGCAUGCAUUUUACUCCUUCUAUACCAAACUCGGAACCUGGACAGCCCUUGUCUUGCGGGCUGGAACGUUACUUUGUACCUUCACCCAGUCUCUAUCUAUAUGGAAACGAGUGGGAUGGCUGGUGGGAUGAGGACCCCAUCGACAUCCCAAAUCUAACUAUCGAGCUAAUUGCCAAUCUUGAGCAUGCACCAGAGACCUCUGUUCAGCUGCCAGAGGAUCUCAAGCAAUUCAGAAACCACAUUGAGGCAUUACCUCAGGAGGUCAAAGAUCAUAUCUGCUCGUUUUUCCAGCAUAGCCAGACCUCGCUGGAGUGCACCUACUUGAUGCCUCAAUCCAUGUGGAAGCAGGCCUUUUUCCAAAUCCCCUUCCUUUGGGACCUUGAUACGCAAGUUGUCUACGACAAAACUGGCAAGGAAACUGCCGAGAUUGAAAAGUGGAAUUGGGAAAAGAUCACCAGGCAGGUAAUGAGUCCAGCAAAGAUAUCAUCCCAUGAGGCACGGGAAGACAACGAUGGUGCAUGGAGCCAUGACAAGGUCGGUCUGCGUGUCCCUGGUGGAUUCACCAAUCGUCGACGAAUCUGGCAGAUUUUAGAGGAGAUGUACCCCAACGAUGUGCAGCAUUAG